AUGGCUUCUCCAACCUCUUCCCACGGUCCUUCUAUGGAGGUGACGAUGGACGUCUCAAAAACCCUAAACCCAACUGCACCUCUCUUCUUUCCCAAAAACCAUUUUCUGCAUCACUAUUACUUCUUCCCACCGCAGCUUCACUUCAUCUCCAACACUAACCUCCCUCCUCCAUCUUCAAUCUUUGUGUAUUAUCCUUUAUGGUAUAAUAAUCCUAACCCUACUAGGUCUGAGUUUAUAGAAGAACUGCCUCCACAAAACCCUAGUCAAGAGCUGUCUCGUCCACCGACCAGUAGAAAAAGGGGUUUGGACUGGAGUAGAAGCAGUGGACAUCGUAAGAAGGUGAUGUGGAGGAGGAGGGUCCAGUAUCAAGCUGAAUCCAGCGGCGGUUCCAUCACCACUGUCAUGCUUAGAAACAUACCAAAUAAAUAUACGAGAGAGAUGCUCAUUGAGUUCUUGGAUGAACAUUGCGAAGCAGAAAAUAACAAAGAGGAAAAUGAAGAGGUUGUUGCCUAUGAUUUCUUAUACCUUCCCAUCGAUUUCCAGAGUAAAAUGAACAAAGGGUAUGCAUUUGUGAACUUUACAAAAACAGAAGCAGUGUCUAAGUUUAAGGCGGCGUGCAACAACAAGGCAUGGUACCAUUUCGGUUCGAAGAAAAUACUUAAAAUUGCCUUUGCUCGGAUCCAGGGGAAAGAUAUGCUGGUGAAACAUUUCGAGCAGAUGGCAUAUCCGGCUGAGGUAUACAGUGCGGUCUGUUUCAUCCCCGCUCGUAGCGGACCAAGGAACACGGGUCUCACUAUCAUGGUCGGUAAAUGCGCCGAAGCUAUGAUUGAAGUCUAG